AUGUUCUUCGAAAGACACCCAACGCCAAGUACGUCCAGCGAGGGCGCUUACCAUCUCGAUGAGGAUCGUGAGUUUGCGGAGCCCAUUGCCGUAUGUGGUAUUGGGCUCAAGCUUCCUCAGGACGCCGUUUCGGAGGAUGGCUUCUGGAAGAUGCUCAUGGAACACCGCAGUGCACGCACUGAGUUCCCCAAGGAUCGAAUGAAUAUCAACGCCUUCUACCAUCCUACGCGACGUAAUGAGCUCGGCACGCGUGGCGCACAUUUCCUGAAAGAAGACCUGAGUCGCUUCGAUGCUGACUUCUUUUCAAUUACCCCAUCUGAGGCAGCGGCCAUGGAUCCCAUGCAGCGAUUGCUCCUUGAGACCACAGUGGAGGCUCUAGACACGGCUGGGAUUCGGAUGAAAGAUUUGCAUGGAUCUCGGACAUCAGUCCAUACCGGCUGCUUCUCCAAUGAUUACCUCCAUCAAUUGCUCAAAGACCCUCAACGACUACCGCCCUACGCAGCUGUCGGCGCCUCUCCGUCCAUGCUGGCCAACCGAAUCAGUUGGUUCUUCAAUCUGCGUGGACCGUCCUAUAAUAUAGAUUCGGCUUGCUCUAGUAGUGCUCUGGCUAUUGACUGUGCUUGCCGUCUUCUUCUCAGUGGCCAAACUGAUAUGGGUCUUGCCGCCGGGUGCAACCUGCUCCUCGACCCGGACUACAGCAUUAUUCUCAGCAACAACCACAUGCUGUCGCCCGAUGGCCGCUCUUACACCUUCGAUGCCCGUGCCAACGGCUACUCACGUGGAGAAGGCGUUGCUGUUCUUGUGCUUAAGCGCCUCUCUGAUGCCCUUCGCGACAAUGAUACCAUUCGCGCUGUCAUCCGUGCCACGGCCAGCAAUCAAGACGGCCGCACUCCCGGCAUCGCACAGCCUGCAAGUGAGGCCCAAUCUCAGCUCAUUCGAGAGAACUAUGCCCAAGCGGGACUUUCUCUACAUCAUACUCGGUUUUUCGAGGCCCAUGGCACCGGCACGCCGAUUGGCGAUCCAGCCGAGGUAUCCGCUAUUGCUGACUGCUUUCGCAACCACCGCACGGCAGAUAGUCCGCUAUACCUGGGUGCUGUUAAGACCAAUAUCGGACACCUGGAAGGUGCAAGCGGGAUAGCCGGUGUUAUAAAGGCUAUCAUGGCCGUGGAGCGCGGAAUCAUCCCGCCCAACACCAACUUCGAGCGACUGCAUUCACAAUUGGAACCCUAUGAUUCUUGUUUAGCUGUACCCCCGGCGCAGGGCAUCAUCUGGCCUCCAGCUGAGAUCCGUCGCGCCUCAAUUAACUCCUUUGGUUUUGGAGGCAGUAAUUGCCACAUUGUCAUCGAUGAUGCAGCAAGCUAUCUCCGACGACACCAGCUACAGGGGAAUCAUCGAACCGUGCCGGACGAUGAUCGUAGCCUCGAGCAGUUCAUGCGUCGGCCGCAACACAUGCGAUGUAAUGGGGAGUUGUUACCGCAACAAGAAGGCUUGACUGAGAUCCCACGAUUACUUGUUUGGUCUGCGGCAAGUGAUAAAUCCCUCAAAUCGCUUGUGAGCCGCUGGGCGGAAACGAUAUCUGGCGGAGAGCAUCUACGCGAGCCGUCUUGGACAGCAUAUGCCGCCUACACGCUUGACUCACGCCGUAGCGUCUUCCCUUGGAAAACUUAUGCAGUGGCAUCCUCUUCCACCGACUGGGAGCAACUGAACGAGCGUGCCUCGGCGCCGAAGCUCACCUGCCCGACGCCCCCUCGGUUAGCGUUUAUCUUCACCGGCCAGGGAGCACAAUGGUAUGCAAUGGGCCGGGAAUUGCUGCAUUAUCCUGCAUUUUCCCGUGUCCUAAUGGAGGCCGAUACUCUGUUUCGCCAGCUAGGUUGUCCUUGGUCCGCAAGAGAGGAGUUCAUGAAAAGCGAGUUUACAUCUCAAAUUAACGAGCCACAUAUUUCCCAAGCCCUGACGGCUACGUUGCAGAUAGCCUUAGUGGAUCUUCUAGACUCCUUUCAGGUGCGGCCUUUGGCCGUCGUGGGCCAUUCGAUGGGUGAAAUUGCUGCGGCAUACUGUGCGGGUUUUAUAUCACGUAGCUCAGCUUUGCGUAUCGCAUACUACCGUGGCUACUUCGUGGCCUCUAUGAUCGAGCAAGACCCCAACAAAGGCGCCAUGUUGGCGGUUGGACUGUCUGCGACGCAAGCCCAGUCAUAUAUAGCUCAGUUACCCGAGCCUGAGAAAGUGGUCGUCGCGUGCAUCAACAGUCCUUCAAACACGACCAUCUCCGGCGAGGAAGGCCAGAUCAAGUAUCUGGACCAGGUGCUAAGAGAUGCAGGCAUCUUUUCGCGUCGCCUCAAAGUUGCUGCAGCAUAUCAUUCCCCUCAAAUACAACAGAUCGCCGAUGACUGCCGGCGUCACUUCGGGAACCUUGAAGCGGGUCAUCACUCUCAUACUUCACACUCAACGAUUCCCAUGAUAUCUACCGUGACUGGAGAGCCCCUAGACGGUGAGCGCGCUCGCCAUGCCAGCUACUGGGUGGACAAUUUGAUAUCGCCUGUGUUGUUUGCUCCGGCCAUUCAACGUCUGUGUCGUGAUUCUCCACGUUGCCUCCGGAAGAAGAUCGACGGAAGCCAUCGGAAAGCCAUAGUGGUCGAUCAUCUGAUCGAAGUUGGCCCUCACUCCGCGUUGCGAUUGCCCAUCUUCGAAACACUGGCCGCGCUAAAUGACAGUCAAAAAGACCGUUGCACCUACCUAUCGACGCUCGUGCGGGGCCAGCCAGCAUCCACCACCCUGCUGUCUGCUCUUGGUCAGCUCUACUGCGCGGGGACUUCGCUUGAUUUGCGCGCAGUUAACGACCCAGGUCGCUGCCAUGAAGUCCUCAUAGACGCACCUACUUACCCCUUCGAUCAUUCCGAGUCCUACUGGGCAGAGAGCCCACUCAGCCAGAACUAUCGGCUGCGGUCGCAUGGCCGCUUAGCGUUGUUGGGAAGCCCGGUUCCGACAUGGAACCCUCUGGCCCCCGAAUGGCGGAACUGUGUGCAAGCUGCAGACAUGCCAUGGAUCCGGGACCAUCGAAUCAAUCGUCGUGUCAUCUAUCCGGCUGCUGCUAUGAUGGUCAUGGCCUUGCAAGCCACCCGUCAAAUGGUAGAAACCUCAGGUCGUGCCAUUGAAGCCUACGUUCUGCGCUCUGUGCGUUUCCAUCGGCCCAUUGCGCUAGAAGGAGGAUCUGAGCAGACGGGCAGCAGUGGCUCGGAUGUGCUCGAGACUCGACUCUGCUUGAACAAUGCCUCACUGCCUCCGGAGGCGGACGGGGUAUCACGGUGGAACUUUGUCGUGUACUCGAUGACUAAAGAAAAUUCCUGGCAAAUGAGCUGCCAAGGGGUAGUUGAGGUACAUCUAAGCCAGCAGACAGACCAAAAAACGGAGGAAGAAGAGGAGGCAGAGGUGAAGCACUAUCAAUCCCAAUGGGACAAGCAAAUCACGGAGUGUACCAUCCAAGUUCCAGCCUCAAAGUUCUACGACCACCUCAAAAAGCACGGCUUCCACUAUGGCCCCUCAACGCAAGGCAUGAAGACCAUCCAGACUGAUGGAGUUGGCACCGCUCUGGCGUCACUCGAUCUAGCACAACCAUGUCUAUCAUCUCCAGAGAUGGACGAGUACCCCAUCCACCCGGCAUCACUCGAUGCAUUCCUGCAACUUAGUUUGGUGGCUCAGAACCGAGGAACUAUGAAGGGCAUGCCGACGCAGGUGAUCUCAGCUAUUGAUCGGUUAUGGAUCACUGGGAAGGGAUGGGCCGAUAUGAUUGCCAGAGGUCAGGACUGCGUCUCUGCGGCCAUGCAGAUUGAGGUUGAUGGUCCCCGAAACAAGUCCUAUAAUGGAUAUGUUCUAUCCCAAAAAGCAGACGGCCAAAGCCCGCAACUAAUUCUAGAUCGACUCGAGACGACGGCAGUGUCUUCCAUAGACAGCGAGGUCAACGACAAUUCCCAAACUGCAGUUUCCCCGUCUAACGACCAAAAGGAUGAUGGCAAGUCAUGGUACACAGUGAAGACGGACCUGGCGAUAUCAGCUAGCACACCAGGAAACAUACUACAGUACCUGGAAGACCAAUGCGGUGUUGACCCCCCUGGUCCGAGAGAGUUCUUCCGCAAUGUGCGCCAAUACCUUACUCUUCAGAUGCAAAAGAUUUACGACGCUCUAAAUCCAUCCAAAAUACCUGCCAAACCGCAUCUACAGCGAUACGUCGCCUGGAUGGAAUGGCACUUAGCCCAAAAGGUUCAGUUGAAGGCACCGGUUAUCAUGAACGCAGAGGAAGAGGCAAAUUUGCACCACCAGAUUGCGGCACAAGGCCGUCUGGGAAACUUCUACCUGACUGUGGCAGACCACGCCCUUGGGGUCCUUCAUGGAGAGGUUGAUAUCGUGCAGCUGCUUUUCGAAAGCAACCUAGUCAAUGACUUCUAUCAGGCCUACGAGUCCUCUGUCUCGAUCUAUUUGAAAAAGGUCGAACGCUAUGUAGCCACAAUGGCUUUCAAUCGCCCUGACAUGGAUAUCCUGGAGGUCGGCGCCGGUACGGGCUCCUUCACUGACCAUGUACUGAAUGGAAUUUGCUUGUCGGGGACAAGCUUGAGCUCUUACCAAUACACCGAUAUUUCCCCAGCCUUCUUUGACAGGGCCCAGCAGCGACUUGCAUCCCAUCCUCAUGGCCGCCGCAUUGCGUUCCAGAUUCUGGAUGCGGAGCAGGAUCUCCUUGAGCAGGGUUUCACAGAGAGCACUUACGAUCUUAUCGUGGCCUCUAAUGCGCUACAUGUUACCAGAAACCUGGAGAAAACCUUGACAGCCCUCCGUCGUCUACUUCGACCGGGUGGUCAACUUAUACUGCACGAGGUGACCCGUCCAGAUAACAUUGAAGUAGGAUUCUCGUUUGGCUUGCUGCCAGGCUGGUGGCCAGACGCGACAGAUAAUCGUCCGAUGAGCCCGGUCGUCAGCGAAGCUAGAUGGGACGAGAUCAUGCGGGCUAGUGGAUUUGUCGGCGCGGAAAUUGUCCUACGUGACUAUGCAGACAAAGAAAGCCAUUUGAUGAGCGUGAUAGUUGCCACUGCUGAGGAGAUGCAGAAGCAGACUGCAAUCGUGUCUUCGUCUUCCUCUUCUCCAUCCCACGUUGACGUUAUAUUGGUCGUUGAGCCAUCCUCCGCGCUACAGAUCAACUUGGCCAACCGACUGAUGGACGUUCUCGAUGCAGAGGAAUCGGAGUACCGACCCCGUGUCGUGAUGUACCCGCAGACAACUCCCCCAGGAUCGGUGAUUAUUAGUCUACUUGACCUGGACAACAUAUCGUCAAUCUUGGGACGACUUCACGGCGAAGGAAGCUUUGAGCGUCUGAAGGCCCUGCUCCUCGGGGCACGAAAAGUACUUUGGUUGUCGAAUGAUGAUGAGCGCCAUCCGAGUUUCGGCAUGAUAGAUGGCUUUGCUCAGGUGUUUCGCAUUGAGAAUCCACAGAUUCCUUUGCAGAUAUUGCACAUGGAUGCAGCAUCAAUGGCGUCGUCCGAAGGUCUCAAGUCCUUAGAGGCGACCCUAAAAGUUGCAUUGAAUCAGCUGAUGAUGACGAGCUCAUCCCCGGACUGCCGGGAUGACUACAGUAUCAAAGAUAACCAGGUAUAUGUUCGUCGGAUUCAAGAAGACCUUCCCUUGAAGAGUGAUAUCAAGGAGAUUUUGGACGGCUCCCAGACGACAUCUGAGCGCCUCGGGGAUAUUCGGCCGUUCACGGUACAUUGGCCACAGGAGCCUACUUCUGGUGGCAAUGCUGAAAUUGCAUGUUCCCUUCAAAUUGAUGCGGAGCAUACAAAACCAUCUCAGGCUCUUGGGCCGGACGAGGUGGAAAUCGCAGUUCAUGCUGUGCGACUUGAUGAUCAACUUGGCCGAAUCCGACAAUGCGCGGGACGCAUUGUCCAGGUUGGUCGCAAUAGUCCGUUCUUGGCCGGUGACAGGGUCUGCGGUGUCUACUAUAGCAGCAGUAUCAGCAACGUCGAUGACGACGACGACACUCUGACCUCCACUGUUCGCACGCACAAAUCUCUGGUGGCUCGUAUUGACAGCUCUUUGAGCUUCAAUGAGGCAGCUGUUCUACCACAAAGAUAUCUCGUCGCAGAGUACAUUGUCGGCCUGAUGUCAUCGUUUGCCGGAAGUGCUCCAGCAAUUGUUAUUCAUGGAGCCCACACGGGCAUUGCCAGAGUGGUGGUAGACCUGAUGGCAGGCCGAUUCUCUAGGCUUUUGCUUACUAUUCCAUCAGACUCAAACUGCGAGACAGAUGAAAUUUGGGAACAGGCAAAGAAUGACGAAUCCGUGUCUGUGUUUACGUAUUCCUCGUUUCUGAGGAAACCUCGCUUUUCUGGCCCUGAAGAUGGUGCAGAUAUCGUGCUGGACUUUGUCGACUCGGAUCUCUUAGAUCUAGCCGAACAGGUAGCACCCUUUGGAGCAGUCAUUCGUGUUAUCGGCGGCGAUCCUCGCUUUGGAUCAUCUAGUCCUCAGAAGCUGUGCAUACCAGCCAACAUGUCCUUGCAUACUGUCGACGUGGCCCAGCUCUUGCAUCGUCAACGUCCGCGGCUGCGGAUGCCAUCAGCUGUGGUGGCGCCGAAAACCACCCCAACGGCAAUUACUACUUCUAACUUGGUCAAGCUCUCCACCCUGUUGAACCAGUCGAGAAGUACGAGAAGGAAGCAAAUUACGAUCGAAUUUGAUGAUGACGAUGUUGUUCCGAUCCGCAAACCUCGCCAGCCUGCUUAUUCAUUCGAUCCAGAUGCAACAUACCUCCUUGCUGGGGGUUUGGGAGACCUGGGCCGAUGUGUAGCCCAAUGGAUGGUGCGACGUGGUGCGCGAUAUUUGAUUCUCCUAUCACGCUCCGGGCCGAGAAAUGAAGCAUCCCGAAGAAUGAUUGAAGAGCUAGAAGCCAGAGGCAUCACAGUCUGUGAACCAGCCUGCGACAUCAUAGAUAUGACAGUGCUACAGCAAGUACUGGAUGAGUGCAAACAGACAAUGCCCCCAAUCAAGGGAUGCAUCCAGAUGACAGGAGUGUUGCGAGACGUGAUGUACGACCGCAUGACCUUCACGGACUGGCAAUCUUCCGUCGAACCUAAAGCUUCCGGUUCCUGGAACUUGCACACCCUAUUGCCUCGCGGUCUCGACUUCUUCAUCCUGGCUGCCUCUCUAACUGGACUGAUGGGCCAGGCUACCCAGAUUAACUACGCAGCCGGUAACGCCUAUCAGGACGCGCUGGCACGUUACCGUCUCUCGCAGGGCGAGCGAGCAGUAUCUCUAGACCUAGGCGUCCUGGAGACCAAAGGACUCCUCACGGACGCUUCAGGACUCUUCAAUCGAUUCCUCUCCACUAAUUUCCACUACUUGCUCCGGGAAACUGAUAUUCUGGCCAUGUUCGAGCAUUUCUGCAAUCCCACUCUUCCCAUUGAGGAACUGCCCGCUCAGGUGGCCACGGGGUUCAUGCGUCCUUCGCUGCAUAAGCAGCUGAACAUGCAACUCCCCGUCACAUUGGAUCAGCCAUUCUGGAAGCAGAUUUACGUUCCCACAAACGCAGACGAUGACAUCGACAAGCAACAACCUCGCGAUAGCAACUCCAAUAACCAAUCGGAGAAUCACCUCGACCUACACAGCGCGCUAUCCGCUGUAGCCAACGGCACAAAUGAUACUGUCAAGUCCACCACAACAGAGGUCCUGACCACCACCGCCACGGAAGCCCUGGCCGAGCGGUUCUGUCAAAUGGUUCUGAUGCCUCGGGCGAAGUUGAACGUAGAGGAGCCAUUUCAUCGUGCCGGAGCUGACUCCUUAACGGCGGUAGAUCUACGAAACUGGGUCCUGAAAGAGGCCGGGGUCGAUUUGCCUGUCUUCGAUAUCUUGGGAGAGCUACCGGUUUCUGCGUUGGGGAGGAUGGUUGCUCGAGAAUGGGCAGUGGUUCAUAUAAAGUGA